UAUUCAGCCUGCGCCAUCAGGAUUCGCCAACGCAACACAGAGCAAUAUUUACCACGAAUUAGCUAGCCAAGUGGAAUUCACAGCAAUGGCAGCUCUCGUCGUCGCGGUCGCCGUCGCCAUUCUCGCGCAUGCAACAGUCACCGGCGCUGCUUCGGCGCCAGUGGCGCCGCCGCCGCCGCCGCCGCCGCCGCCGCCCAAGGGUCCGGUGAUCUACAUUUUCGGCGACUCGAUGUCGGACGUCGGGAACAACAACUACCUCCUCCUCUCCCUUGCCAAGUGUAACUACCCCUGGUACGGCAUUGACUACAAGAGCGGCUACCCCACCGGGAGGUUCACCAAUGGCAGGACCAUCGGGGACAUCAUGGCCGCCAAGUUCGGCGUCCCGCCCCCGGUGCCGUUCCUCUCCCUGUACAUGACCGACGACGAGGUUCUCGGAGGCGUAAACUUCGCGUCCGGCGGCGCCGGACUUCUCAACGAGACCGGCAUUUACUUUGUUCAGUACCUGUCGUUCGACAAGCAGAUAUCGUCCUUCGAGCAGAUAAAGAACGCGAUGAUCGCCAAGAUCGGCAAGAAGGCCGCAGAUAAGACGGUCAAUGGCGCAAUCUUCCAAAUCGGACUCGGGAGCAACGACUACGUCAACAACUUCCUGCGGCCGUUCAUGGCGGACGGCAUCGUGUACACCCACGACGAGUUCAUCGGCCUCCUCAUGCAGACCAUCGACCGGCAGCUGACGAGGCUGUACGAUCUCGGCGCGCGCAACAUCUGGUUCAGCGGGCUGGCGCCGCUCGGCUGCAUCCCGUCGCAGCGCGUCCUCUCCGGCAACGGCGCGUGCCUGGACGACGUGAACGCGUACGCCGUCCAGUUCAACGCCGCGGCCAAGAACCUGGUCGAGGGGCUGAACGCCAAGCUGCCCGGCGCGCGCAUGUCCCUAUCCGACUGCUAUUCCAUCGUUAUGGAGCUCAUCGACCACCCCCAGAAAUACGGGUUCAUGACGUCGCACACGUCGUGCUGCGACGUGGACACGACGGUGGGAGGCCUGUGCCUGCCGACCGCCCAGCUCUGCGCCGACCGCAAGGCGUUCGUGUUCUGGGACGCGUACCACACCUCCGACGCCGCCAACCAGAUCAUCGCCGACCGCCUCUUCGCCGACAUGGUCAGCACUGGGGCCGUGGUGCCGGGCAACAGCACCUCCGCGCCCCGCGUCGUCGGCGCGCCAACGCCAACACGCGCCGCGUCGUCCCCGAAGCCGUGAUGAACCUCGUGCGCAAAAUGGCAUGGAGGCGCCUUUUCGUGUGGCAACUUGACUCGUGUUCCAUUUAGUCCCCAUGUUCCAAACGUACAUGUACUCGGUGCAGUUAAGCACCUGUGUUUGAUGAGUUAAACAGAGAAGAGAGCAGGGCGAAACCGUAGUGUCGAAACUGUGAAACAUUUUCUGUGGCAAAAGCAUGAGACAACGUCCUUUGUUUUUCUUUUGGCUCUGUAUGGACCUCUUGCUUUGUUUCUCUUUUCUUAAUAUAAUAAUAGGUAGCUCGCAUGUCGAUUCGAGAAGGAAAAAAAGUAUGAG